CUGAGACAAAAUGUCUGGAAAACACAUGGCGACUCCCAGAAUGAAAGGAAAGAUUUCAUCUGGAAAAAUAAAAGUCACGCUGUCAAUUCAAUCCAGAUGUAAAAGAACCAACAGCGACAUUCUUUAUGUGGGAAGGGGGGCACACUACUAAAAAUUUCCACCUACUCUGAAGAGACAGCACAUUUCUUGGAAUAGCUGACCUGCACGGAUCAGCUCAGCCCGAGGAGCAAACACCCAGAGACCAGCCAGAAAUGACAACAGGAGCUGGGCUGCAAAGGAUGGUAACGACACGCGAGAGAUGACGUGCACUGAUUCACCACAGGGAUACCGCUUCCACUGACGAAAACCCAAAGCUAUAAAACUGAUGUAAAAUGUUGUUCCCGAUACAUUAAACGGCACAAGAGACAAUGUACGCCCUCAAAUGGGCAUGAACUUUUUUUAAAACAAAUGAAGAGUUCAGAUGCAAAACUCAUUGAUGAAAGUCUGUUCAUUUCCGAAUAUGUUUUCCUUUAAAUCUCCGUUUUCAACUGCAUUUUUCUCCAUUAAAAAAAAAAAAAAAACACUUACUGAGUUUUGCAUCUGAACUCUUCUAAUGCAACUAAAGAAACCGAUAACCUGAACCUCCCCAUCUUUCCGCCCUGUUUUGUGUAAAUACGCCAUCGAGUGCCAUUACCAGCAUGUUCCAAAUUCCCAUAUUUAUGUAUUUUAACAUUCUACACUAAGACGGCACCGUCACACCUCAGGUCUCAAAAAUGGACUCAUGUUACCCAAAAUGGAUAAAGUCCACAAAAGAACACAGUGUCUAUUUAAUUGGCCUCAAUAUUCCAGAAUACACUCAUAAAACAGUGAAAUAAAUUGAAAAAACCUUCUUAAAUGUUUGCCACAAACAAAGAGUUCACAUGUGUGUUUGUGUGUGCACACACCUGCAUUGUGUUGUGAGCGGCGGGAGGAACCACAACAUUUCCACGGAUUUACUGCGACACCUGCUUUUAAAGCUACCAGUCAAUGACAGCCGGGAUGCCAACAGUCAAAACCGCUGCCAGCAAACGUAGAACCAAUAAUGACAUUUACCCUCCUACCCAAGAAGAACAGAGACCACGAAGAGAAAACACAGACUCCAAAGUGGCUAAAUCCUUAAUCAAGCCAAAAACUAUGGCAGAGCAGUGGUUAGACGACACGAACGCCAGCUCACAACAAGUAUAACAUGGAAAGGACAAUGUCUGUGGACUAUGCAGUUGUCUCUGGGAGUAACUUCACUGCACAGCUGAAUGACACACUGGUGGGCAUUUCCUGGCGACUGAAGGCGGUGCUGGAGAAUUGGCAGCCGUACACCAUCAGUCUCUUCCUCUCCUGCUUCUAUGCAAUAUUCGUGUUCCCCGUCGGAUUUUUUGGGAACACUCUCAUCCUUGUGGUCAACCUGAACCACAGGAGUCGCCUGACAGCAUCAGACCUCUACUUUGUGAACCUGGCCGUGGCUGACCUCAUCCUCGUGGCUGACUCUCUGAUUGAGGUGUUCAACCUGAAGCGGGGCUACUACGACACGCUGGCACUCUGCACCUUAAUGGCGCUUUUCCAGCAGGUCAACAUGUACAGCAGCAUCUUCUUCUUGACCUGGAUGAGCUACGAUCGUUGUGUUGCGCUGACUAACUCCAUAGGUCGCAGAGUGUCGCACGCGCGCCGCAACUGCUGCCUGAUCUGGGUGUGGUCAUGUGUUCUCACCUUGCUGCCAUUUGCUGUAGCGCAAGCACAGCACGCCGGAGAACUCAACUUCUGCUUUGCCAAUAUGACCCAGAUUCGGUGGCUGGAGGUUAUAGUUGGGUUUUUGCUGCCUUUCUGCAUCCUUGGCUUGUGCUACUGGAAGAUCGCGCAGGUGCUUGUGCGCAGCCAGCGGGAACACACGGUGCAGCAGAGGCCUCGCAGGCAGAAAGCCUUGCGACUGAUCUCAGCAGCUGUGCUGGUUUUUUUCCUCUGCUGGCUGCCGGAGAACAUGUUUGUAAGUGUUCACCUUGUGAGAGGCGACGCAGAAGGCAGCACGCUGUGGGAGGACUACCCGCUGACAGGCCACGCCGUCAGGCUAGCCGCCUUCUCGAACAGCUGCCUGAACCCACUAAUCUACAGCUUCCUUGGGGAGACAUUCCGGAAGAAACUGAAACUUUUCCUGCAGCGGAAAGUCAGACGGAACAGACUCUACAAAACUGCUUCAGCAAAAUGUACCUAUUUAGCAGUUGCAAAGACGUGCAUAUCCAUGCAUCAUUUGAAGAGCCAACUCAGUCCACACCUUUGUGCCAGCGCAUUCUCCCAUAAACUAUCAUCCUCCUCCCAGAACAAUGACCACCUGCACGCUGGAAGUCACACGGUUAAUAAACUUUUGCUUUAUGAAUGUAAAAGACUCAAACCAACUGCCACACAUUACGAGAAACAUCUCAGUGGUGACAGUUAUUGGAAUUGUGAAGAGGAAGUCUGAAAAGUACAUUCAAAUUUAUAACAGGUAUAAUGCCAUCUGGAAUAUACUAUGAAACUAUUUUGACAUUUAUAGUGAUAAUAAAUCCAAAUCUACAAUUUACAUGUCAAAUCUUAAUUAGGUGACUGAAUGAGAACAUUUCUAAUCUUUAAUAGCAAAAUCUAAAAUGUAUUUUUGAAACACUGCAGGCACCUUGAUUUUACCAGGAAAAAAAUAUACACAAGAUUCUUAUUAUUUUUUCUAUGUGAAGCAACAUACGAGUAAAUUGGCAGCGGUGAUGAAAUUACAUCAUACAGUGCAUUCGGAAAGUAUUCACGGUGCCUCACUUUUUCCACAUUUUGAUAUGUUACAGGCUUAUUCCAUAAUGGAGUAUAUUCAUUUUCCCCU